UGCAAAAUUUCCAUUUCACUCUGGAAUCUUGAGAGAGUCGUCCAAGACAGAGUUACCUCGUGAGAUUCAACAUUGUUGGUGGUGGUACACCAUGGGUGGGGUUAUGCAGAAGUUCCUAGUGGCAUCAAUGUUCAUGUGGAUUCUUCCUGUUGCCAUAUUAUACGGAUUCAACAAUGAUUUGCUUCCUGGUUCAACAACAUUUUCUCCGCAUUCUCUAACACUACUGAGUGGAUUUCUUGCUGUGGUAUCAGUCAAUGUAGUGAUUGUGUUCUACAUCUGCCUGGCCCUGAAAGAACCUACAGAUAAACACAAGCCAGACGCUUCGUUCGUCGCAGAGGCCAAAGAUAAUGUGAAGAAAUUGACAUCAGGAGUCCCAAGUACUGACCCGGCACUCAAGAAACAAGAGUAAGAGCUAAGCAAAUCCCAUUUUCUUAAAGUACAAGGAACAGUGCCAAGAUUGCAUCAAAUGGAGCAGAGCUCGAGUUCUUGCAAUGUAUUGUUAUAAUUGUAGAAAUUCUUGCCUGGUAGACCAUCCUCCGUUGGGACAUUUGAGAGGGUUUGGUGCUCUGUUUGAGCAACGGAAAGAACAAUGUUCAUGUUGAACAGAGACAAGAGCUAAUGUUUUAAGGAUAAAACUCACAAAACCAAAUGUUUGUUUGGUGCUGCUCCUUCAUUUCAAGGACGCUAAGUGAAUUAUAUAGUGAAAUUUUGUUUA